UUCGUGUCAUGUUUUGGUUCUAGCCGGAAGAUUCGUCUAUCGCAUUCUCUCUGUUAUGAUGAGGGACCGUCAGCCUGCGAGAGUCUGCGGUCAUGGAAAUAAAAUGGAACGACGCUCCUGUCACCGGGCCGCUUGAGUUCUCCAGAGAUGUGUUUGACAAGUUCACUCUCGCGCCCAGCGUCAAGGAGCUGUUUGCUCUUUUACACAGCUCUGAUACAAAGUCCGAGGACACCGGUGAGAAAAAGCCAGAUGCAUCCGCAUCAGAAGCAAAGACUGUGAAGUGUAAUGAUGUUUCAGAUGUCAGUAACGUCCUGGCAUCAGAUGAGCCCUCGUCUACAUGCAAACAAACCAAAGCCAAACCUGUGAAGAGUACUGCGACUCCAGCGUUCCCUGAGCCCCUAGUGCCCUACCCCUGCUCUUCCACCCUCAAUGCAAAGAACCGCAAGCUAUAUCUCAACAUGCUCAUCCACAAGAAUUAUUCCAGAGCUUCAAAGUGUUUGAUGGAGCAGGUGAAGAACGAGGUGACAGAGUUUAUGAAAUACCUGCAAGAUGUUUCUAGAGCAUGUGCUGAUGUGUACAACUAUAUGCCACCAGGCUGCACCCGCUACACUCAGGAAUAUUUCACAGCCUGUUUGGAGCAGGUGAAGAGUUACCCACAGGUUUACAGCAUUCAAGAGAUAAUUAGCCUGACCAGUGUGAAGUUUGUGGGUGGAAUAUCCCUCAUCUUUGAGAAACAGCUUCUUGCUAUGGGUAAAAUAGACAUGCUGGACACAAAAGUGAUACCAGAAAACACCCAGCUUGCUGUAGACUAUGAGACAGUGUCAAAUGUGAUUCCCCCAGCUAAAAAAGCUACUUUAGGACACACCGCCAUCAGCAAUGACAGAAAUGCGGAAAAACUCUGCGUUACCUAUGAGCCACAAGUGUGCUUAUCUAAAGAGGCCUUCCUUCAGCUCCUGAAUAACAGCUUUGAGUUCUCAGAAGCCUGGGAGCUGCCCGUUUGGGUCAAAAUGAAUCCUAUGAGAGGCAGCAGUCAGAGUAAGACGGCGUACAUCGAUCCUCCCCUGCUGAAGACAGAGAUGAGCUGGAGAGAGAGGAGUCUGCUGUUUCAUGAAGAGAGCGUGAAGCUGGCGUUCAAGAAGACCGUCUCACGUCCGGUGUUUUUCCUCACUUCACAAGUGCUUCCUGUUGAAAUGGAGCCUCCUCCUGAGGACAAGAUAUCCAGGAGUGUGUUUGCAAAUGAUGAUGCUGGGAUGGAUUUUGGGACUGAUCUAACAGACCUGGAGUCAUUUGGGGAGUCAUACAAGCCCAGUACAAAAGUGAAAGAACCGCUCAAACCGAAAACAGCUUCUACAAAUCCAACCGCAACUCCAUAUCAACUUACCCCAAGCCCCAAGAACCCGACAGAAGCUUUAGGUACAACGAAACGCACCUCAGCAUCUCAAGACGGGUUGACCCUGGCUAAGGUCCAAGGAGAGAGCGACUCUUUGGCUGACAGAGGAAGCGGUACGCUGAACGAAAGUGCCAUUUCAGAGGAAAGUGUGAUUGAAGAUUCAAAGGAGAAGAUAGAAACGCCUUCUGCUCAGUGUCCUCCCACCAAGCGGCCCAGACAUGAGAUGGAAGACAACACGGACCAGGAUUUGGAUUCUGAUGAAGAACGACUAGUCAUAGAUGACAUUUUCUCCCCACAGAGACCUCAGACCCUGGUGACACCAGCAGAGGUGUCCUCCCUCCAAGCGCCCGACCCCCCAAGCGUCACGCCAGGACACACAAACCCUUUGGGCAAAGGAACAAAGAAGGGCAUCAAAAGGCACAGAAUAUCUGGCGAAUGCGAUCAGCUCGGACAGAUUUUGCGGAUGCAGGACGCCAUGCUAAAAUCCGCUCCCAGCAAGAACCAGGAGCCUGUGAAACCCCAUGUCCCGGAAGACAGACCUCCAGAAGCUAAAGCCCAUUCACUGGUCAAGCAGUGUGUGACCUCAUAUCUGGAGUCCAGAGAGGGACAGGGAGAGGACGACACACUCCCUGCUGACGUUCCUGUGCUGCUAGCCUCUAAAAGAAAACGUCUCCUGAAGGAGGAUCUUCAGGUCAGUGCUGAGGAUGAGAUGGACUACGAUCCUCCAGCAGAGGGCAGCGUUCUGUACAAACUCUACAGCCUUCUGGAUGUUCUGCUCAUGGUGCGCAGCAAUGUGGACGUCGCUCACCCCAGACACGACAAAGACACCUUCAGGGCCGUCCCGGUGCAUGUUUUACCCAAGCUGGAGUAUCAGCUGUGCUACGGAGCUGAGAAUCUGACCCACACAGAGGUCUGUCAGCUGUGGGCCGAGAAACUUCUGCACUCCAGUACCGUGUCCUUCAUCAGUCGCAUCAAUGCACACACAUCAGAAGUGACGCAGAUGCAGAGUUUGCCCGACGACUGGAUUCAGAACGUUACCUGCGACUUCAAGCCAACUAGAUGUUUAAACACCCUCUACCACUUACUGAAAAAAGUCUCGACAUUACAGGAAGGACGAUACCUCUUAGUCCACAAACCUCGUGAGGGUUUCGUGAGCAUCUUUAAAGCUAGCAAUGAGACCAAGGCUGCUCGCAGUGUGUACCACCUGCAGAACGCGCACUGCGGACCCCCAGCUGUGACUCCAGGGAUUCCCUGGGUCCCCCUUGACCCCUCACAUGUCCUGCCAUUUCACCAGAAAUACAGCAGACCACCCUGCACCUUCCCCCCACGUCCACCCCCUCAGCCUAAAAGUGGAAAAGGACCUAAGCAACGCCAGGGAAAAAACGCACUCAGACCACCACAAGCAGCCAAUCAGUCGACAAAGAAGAAGCGUAAGAAAGACACAAGAAACAAACAUAAACAGGCAUGGAUGGACAACAUGAGAGUCAAGCUGAUGAAAGACAUGCAAAAAAGCCUAACCAGUGAAGAUGGAAAGAAUGGAAAGCCUUGAUUUUGGAAGAAAAAUCAUUUUUUUUGGGCGUGAAAACCAAUUUAUGUUCAAAAGCACUUACUACCUUCUUUAGCAUGUACAUAUUUUGUGUAACGUUGUGUAAUACAAAUGUGUUGUACAUUUUGAAACAAUCCUUACCAAAUAAGAAUCGAGUUUACAAUUAAAAAAGUAUCCUAUUUUGUAUUAUUUUGUCUGCAGCAAAUAAAAAAUAAAUGCUUUAAUAUAAAAUCGAAAAUAAUUAUUGUUACACAUUUUUAUCAGUAGCUAUGUUUCCAUUCAAAUUUGCUAAUUUAACUCAUGCAUAAAUAAGAAUAGUGCAUAAUGUGCCUCAAGGAACUCUUUUAAGAUUUUAAAUGCAUCUUUGCAUUUCAAUUUUUUUUUUUAAGCAAUAUCCCAAAAUGCACAUUAAAAUAAUUGGAUGGAAACAUAGCUACUGACAUCCUGAUGUGUUUUCUAACAGUAUUUUGGGGCAGUUUUGUCACAGCUCUGAGAGAAAGAUGUGGGUGUGUCCAAAUAAUAAGAGACCCACCCUACAGUGUAUACUAAUUUGCAUACUAUCCACAUCUAAUAUAAUGCAAGCUUAGAAGUAGUUCAUCCUUAUAAAAGGCAAUGUUAAAAACUGUAAAGCCGGAGCUGUCUAGAGAUGAAGUGUGCCUUUCAGCUGAUAUUGAGUAAAACCCACUGCGCAACUGAAGAGGAGGAAUGUGUCAUGGUUCACUUUUCAGCUGAAGACAGUGCCAAUGAAUGCACAGCAGUUUUAAAGAUACAUUCACCUAAAACGAAGUAAUAGUUCCACUUAAGGUAAUGGAUUUAGCUAAAUGCUAAUGCUUCCAUACGCUGUCUUUUAAACAUUUAUUUAAAACUGUUCUUUAUGUGUAGAUUCUUGUAAUUCUUAACUUUAAAAUGAUGUGAGCUCACAUGAGAUGAAGACCUUAGAAUAAAAAAAUAAUAAAGGUGGUUUUAUUCUGUAAAAGGAGGGUCGCCCCUCAUGGCAGUGGCCAUGUUGAGAUCACAUGACAAACUGAAUAGUAUGCACUUUUUCCUCUUGAACCACACUUCCAGUUUAAUAAAUGAAUCAUGAGUGACA